AUGUUCUUAGGAAUGAUCACGAAACGGCAAAGUUGUAGUCAAAAUAGUUUUACUGAAGAUGAAUUAGAUUAUAAUGAAAAUUCACCAAUUAUUAAAAAAAUCUUAUCCUCAAGAAAAAAAUCUUAUAAAAAAUGGACUAAAGAAGAGGAUGAUCGUUUACGAGAAUUUAUUUUAUCUCAUGAUGGUUUAAAAGAUUGGUCUAAUAUAUCAAAAUAUGUUGGUAAUGGUCGUACAGAUGCUCAAUGUCAACAUCGUUGGGAACGUUUUCUUGAUCCAUCUAUAACAAAAGGACCAUGGACUGAUGAAGAAGAUAAAAAAGUUAUUGAACUUGUACGUGAUUAUGGUGCCAGACAUUGGAGUUUAAUUGCUAAAGAAUUAAAAGGACGUGUUGGAAAACAAUGUCGUGAAAGAUGGCAUAAUCAUCUUAAUCCAUUAAUAAAUAAAAAUCCAUGGACAAAUGAAGAAAAUCUUCGUCUAUUUAUAUUACAUCAACAUUUUGGUAAUAAAUGGGCUGAAAUAGCAAAAUAUUUUAAUGGACGAUCAGAUAAUUCAAUAAAAAAUCAUUGGAAUUCUUCAAUGAAAAAGAAAUUUCAUUUAGAAGUUGAAAAUUUAAAAAAACAAGGACUUGAUUGGACAGCAUUAAUUCCAUCUGAUUUUCCAUGGCCAAAGUUUGAUCAAUCAACUUCAGUAAAUAGUAAUCAUUCAUCUCGAAUCCCAUUAAGUACAAUAACAAAUCAAACAUCACAAAUGCAUUCUUCAAAUAUAGAAAAAACUUCAAUAGAAAAUAUAUUAUCUCCUUUAUCGACCAUUAAAACAGAAAAUCAUAUACCAAUUGUGAACAGUAAUAAUAAUUAUCAAUUUUAUUCAACUACUACUGAAAAUAAUUUUGAUAUUACACCAACACAACAUAUAUCAAUAAUCUAUGCCGAUCAACUACAGUCUAUGCCAUCUUCAUCUCAAAUCUCCAUUAAUCUUUGUCAACACCAUUCUUCUCAAAAUGUCGAACAUUUACUCUUUUGUUCUCAACCAUCACCAAUUAAACAAUUACCAAUGUUAUCAUCUUGUGCUAAUUAUACAUCUUCAAGUCAAAAUUCACAAUCGGAUCAACAUCAACACCAUCAUCAUCUAUCAUUAUUUCAUUCAUAUUCAUCUAAUGAUUAUUAUUCAUCACAUCCACCUUCAAGAACAUCAUCAUUACCUGUAUUUACUUGUUCAUCAUCACCACAUUUAUCUUUAUUAUCAACAGAUAUGCAUUUAUUUUCAAAUGAUGAUGUAUGUUCAAUGAAAAAUAAUGAAAAUAUAAAUGUUUCACCAACUAAUAUUUCAAAUACAUCGUCACCUUCAAAAUAUUGUGUACUCAAUACACCAGAACGACCUCAUUUAAUACGUUUAACACCAAGUCCAAAACGAGAUUGUUUCAAUGAAUAUCUUCUUCCAAUGUCUGAAUCGCUUAUUUCCGAAAAUCAUUCAUUAAUACGUUUCAAUAAAUAUGAUCUACCGAAAAAUUUUCAAGAAAAAAUCGGUUAUAAUCCAACUUAUACAGAAAUAUUAAUCGGUCAAACACGUGAUCAACGUUAUGUUACUGAACAAGCCCGACGAUAUCUUUCUUGUUCUUCCUUAAAUAAUUCAUAG